UCUAUGUUUGCAGUCACAGUGGCAGUGUGCAGGAAGCCACAGCUUUUUAGUCAUAAAGUGGUUUUUUUUGUGCAUUUGUUCAUUUUUUGACAAUUUUUUGUUUAAAAAAUGGGCAGUAAAGAAAAUUCCGCAUCGGCGACAACGAAAACAACAACUUUAAAUACGAAAACAUAUGGUAAAAUAUUGUUAACACUCCAAAAUUGUCUUUUACCUGAGGAAAAAUUAGUAUCGACGCCUUCGCAUUUGGAUGGUCUUGACGCUGAAACAGAAACUGAGCUUCGCAUUUUAGGAUGUGAACUUAUUCAAACUGCUGGAAUUUUAUUAAAAUUGCCACAGGUCGCAAUGGCUACGGGUCAAGUGAUAUUUCAACGUUUCUACUACAGCAAAUCUUUAGUGAGACAUAAUAUGGAAAUCACGGCUAUGGGAUGCGUUUGUCUAGCUAGUAAAAUUGAGGAAGCUCCAAGGAGGAUAAGAGACGUUAUUAACGUAUUUAAUCACAUUAAACAAGUUUCCAGUCAAAAACCAAUUCAACCGGUAAUUCUUGACCAAAAUUAUGUGGGUUUGAAGAAUCAAGUCAUUAAAUCCGAGCGACGUGUUUUAAAGGAACUUGGAUUUUGCGUUCACGUGAAGCAUCCACACAAAAUUAUUGUCAUGUAUCUACAAGUAUUGGGCUAUGAGAAAAAUAAGGGACUAAUGCAACAAAGUUGGAAUUACAUGAAUGAUUCAUUACGUUCGGAUGUAUUUUUGAGGCAUCAUCCGGAAACUGUAGCGAGUGCUUGCAUUUAUUUGGCGGCACGACAACUUCAACUUUCAUUGCCAUCGUCGCCGGCAUGGUUCUCCGUUUUUAAAGUCAAGGAGAAAGAUAUAAGGGACGUUUGUCGACGUAUAUUACGCCUUUACGUGCGGCCACGCAUUAAACCGGAACAACUUGAGAAGAAAGUCGAGGAAUUAAAGCGACAAUAUGAGGAAGCUCGAUCAAAAGCUCGCGGGACUGAUGCUGAUGGUCACACGCCGAGUCCUCCACUUCCAAAACAUCAUAAUGCUUGGGGUGGUUUCAUUAGUCGAAGCGGAUCGCACGCAAUUCCUGAGAGAACGAAAUCUCCAAGGAGAUCGAAAUCCACUAGUCCUUCACCAGUGCGCGACGUUGUGAAGCAUUCGAAACGAAAGAAGCACAGCAGAAGUAGAUCUCGAAGUCACAGUCGUUCGCAUAAACCGAAAAAAUCACAACGACGACGAUCGAGUAGUCAUAAAUCGCGAAACAGAUACAGAUCACGAAGUAGAUCCAGGGAUCGUGAUUUUGAAAAAUCAAGUAAACAUCGCAGUAAACAUAGACGACAUUAACCCUUAAGUCAACAAAUUCUUAGGUACAUGUAAAUGUUUAUUUAAAAACAAAAAGA